UCGCUUUUUAUCACGUCUACAGCAAUACAGCAAAGGGGUAUCCUGCAUCCCCUGACAGAAAACGACUCUCCCGACCACUCGGAUUGUGAAAAAACGCGUCAAAAGUAUACUAUCUGCAUCCCGGUCGUAUCACUCGGAACCCCCGAAAGCCAUCUCGUCAUCUCCCCACAUCCCGCGCGUCUUUCCCAUCCACCCCGCAUCAUGGCCACCCAAUGCAUCAAAUGCGUGAUAGUAGGCGACGGCGCCACCGGCAAAACCUCUCUCCUCAUCGCCUACACCUCCCCCUCCUCCACCUUCCCCGCAAACAUGGAAUACGUCCCCACCGUAUUCGACAACUACUCUGCGGAAAUGUCGGUUGAUCUGGGGCUGGGGCAGGGGGGCAGGAGGGAGGUGAAUUUGGGGUUGUGGGAUACGGCUGGGCAGGAGGAUUACGAUCGCCUCCGCCCGCUAUCAUACCCCCAAACCGACAUCUUCCUCGUCUGCUACUCUUGCGUCUCCCCAGCAUCUUUCGAGAAUAUCAAGUCUAAAUGGCUCCCCGAACUCCACCACCACGCCCCCCAAACCCCCUUCCUCCUCCUCUCCCUCAAAUCCGACCUCUCCUCCCACCCCCCGACCCUCUCCACCCUCGCCUCGCGCAACCAAGCCCCCAUCACCCCCGCCCAAGGCCAGGCUCUCGCAAAGGAAGUCGGAGCGCUGGGAUUCAGGGAGGUGUCGGCAAAGACGGGGUGGGGGGUUAGGGAGGUUUUUGACCUGGCUGUGAGGGGGGUUUUGGCGCCGCCUUCUGGUUCUGGUUCUGGAGGGGGAGCUGGGGGAGGAGGGGGAGGGGCGGGGAGGGGAGGGGUUAGGAAGAAGAAGAAGCAGUGUGUAGUCCUUUAG